AUGGCGACCUCGUUAGUGCUGUUGAAGCCGGAUGUGGUUUCGCACCCAAUUUUGAUGAAGGAGGUGGUGCAGCGGCUACUGAGCGCCGGCCUGCAGAUCACCGGCUUCCGGAAUUGCCGGUUGGACCGGGCGCAGGCCGAGCAGCUCUACCGCCAGCACCAGGGGCGCUUCUACUACGGGCGUCUCGUCAGGCACAUCACCAGUGGCCCGGUACUGGCGCUGCGCGUGAGCGGGGAUGCGCGCGCCGUGCUCGGCUCCAGCAAGCUUUUCCCGUUGUCUGAGGAGAAAGAGCCCACGCUUCGCCAGCAGUUCGCCAUCUCCGACGUGCGCAACGUGGCGCACAACUCGGAUCGGGAAAUGGCCGAAGCCGAGCUGGAGCUGAUGGCGCCGAUGGAAACGAUUGAUGGCCUAUCCCUCCUCAAGAAGCCCGAGGUGUGCCCACAAGAAUUUCACGAUCAAGAAGCGCUGUGUAGAGCUGAUUUACUGGACAAAGCGGGUGACCGGGAAUGUGACAAGAUGAGCAAUACGGAUAUACUUCACCGGAUAAAA